CAUGUAAGUGAAUCAGAUCAAUUGUCAAAAUGACGUUUAACACCGCGAGUUUUGAAUUAUGUUAAACAUGAGUUAAACAUUCACGUGCAACAAUUAACGAUGUGUUUACGAUCCGUGCAUCGCAGAAAUUAGGUAAACACAAAUUACAUUCGCGAAACGGUUGUAAAAUUUACACGAAAUCGAACAUUCGAAAAACAUCUAACCUCAAACAAAUUAAACAAAAUAUAGUAAAUCUAAUUCCGCGUGAAACAAAUGAACAAUGUCUCUGUUAGUGCAUUUAAAUCCAGUUCUUGAACAGCUCAAGCAUUUAAAGCAAGUGUUACCACAUAGUGUAAGCUUAUCUACCACACAAAAGGUGGUUGUUGUAUCAGUUACAGCUAGUGUUGCUCUGCUAGGUGUGCUUGCAAGAUACAUGAGACGUAAAAAGCAAACUGUUGAUCCUAAAACAUUCAGGAGGCCUUUGGCAAAACGGUCGAGAGCAUCUGGUGUUAGAAGUCCAAAUGCAGAUUUAAUUAGCACUGCGAGUAGUGGCCGAAGAAGCAAUGCUCAGAGUAACUUUAGCGAAAGGCGAGCUCGCCAUGACUCCAUAUUGGGAAUAAUUGCAAACGAACGAGCUUCCGUCGCAUCUGGCAGUUUGGCCAGCGGUACGCUUAUCAUUCCGGAAAAUGGCGAAAACACUAAGCUUACACCGCAACAGUUAGGCGUAAUGGACAAACCCGAAAAAGCUGAAUCCAUGUGGCGAACCGAUCAAAAUGACAAAGGGAUGGAGGCACUCGAGACAUGUAUAAAUUAUUGGGAAGAUGCACUGGCGGUCUAUCGAUCAUCGGAAGGAUGCGGUGGAGGUCCUUUGGCUGUAUUGGGGACAGAGGAGGCUGGUUUCUGCCGAGACCUGCAACAUUUACUAGACAGCGCUCUCGAACUGCAAGAGAGCUCAGAAGUUCUGUUCUUAGAUGAGCGUUCUGUACUCUUUAGGCCGGGUAGUAAGGACAAUCAACGCGGAGAUGAACAUGGAUUAGAUGCUGAUUUGUCUGGAGCAGAGAGUUUUGCAUCUGCACAAGAUCAGGUUGCGGAUUUGAGAGAAUUUGAAGAAUUCACAGAAUUGUUCCCUGAUCUUGAAUCUCUUCCUCUUUAUCAAGAUGCCCUGAGGCAAUUGGAAAAUGGUGGGAUUCCAUGUCGAACCCUUCGCACCGAAUUGGUCAAAUGCGGCACAGACGGCGAAUAUCUUUCGAAAUUACAUUGUCUACGUUUGGCAUUUCAACAUAUGCUCAAGGAACUCGCCAACUACAAUUGGUUCGUUGAUGCCGGUCGUCAAAUACUUGCCGAUUUAUUAUUAUAUGCAGACAAGGACCCGAAAGAUUUUCUAAUCGGCUACGAAGAACUCUUACGCUACGUGCAAGAGACAUCAAACUGGCGUGACAUGGAAGAAGAGCUCAGCAGCAAAGGCGUGAAGGCCCUUACAUUCUACGAUGUGGUUUUAGAUUACAUACUGAUGGACGCGUUCGAAGAUCUUGAAUCACCGCCAUCUUCCGUCACGGCAGUCGUCCAGAAUCGGUGGUUGUCCAACGGUUUUAAAGAGACUGCGCUUACGACCGCCGUGUGGUCGGUACUAAAAGCGAAGCGGCGAAUGUUGCGAUUUCCCUCUGGCUUUAUGGCGCAUUUUUAUAAUAUCAGUGAACAACUGUCGCCUCUUUUAGCGUGGGGUUUUCUUGGUCCUGAUGAGUCUCUAAAGGAAACGUGUACUUUUUUUAAGGAUCAAGUAAUGGGCUUUCUUGCUGAUAUUUUUAACUUUCAAAAGUGCAAGUUUACCACUGUUGAGGAUUUAUCUGCGGAUGUUUUUGAAUUGAUGAAGGCGAGAGUCGAUAAUAUUUGCCAAAGAUUAGAGGUUCAAGUGUAGUUAAGUGUUUAUAAGAAUAGUUAGAGCAAUGAGUUAACUUUUGUAACAUAUACAUAAUAAUUAUUUGCUAAAAGUUCAAUAAUUAUAAACUAAAUAAGUUUAGCAGUCACGUAAAUAAUGAACUUAAAUGAAGGUUACAUUCCCUUAUUAACAAAAUAGUUUAAAACAUUUGUCUGUAUGAAUGAAUAUUAUUUAUAAACAAAAUGUGGAAGAAAA